AUGUUACCUCAAGGGCAGCCAGAACCCAAAGUCGUAACGCGUACAUAUAAACCUUUUUCGGCGGAAUUUUUUGGACGGGUUGAGGAGACUUCGGAUGAGGAAAGAACUACGCAUGAGGGGAAUUGUCAUUGUGGUGCCAUUGCUUUCACUGUAACACUCAAAUGGCCAUUCCCCCAAUACACCGUCAAUUCGUGUACUUGUUCGAUCUGUACUCGUAACGGAUAUUUGUUGGUUUAUCCCAUGAGACAAGAUGUUAAAUUCUUAGGUGAUUCGGGGGAAAAGAUGGGAUCUUAUAAAUGGGGUCAUAAGGUUGCAGAUCAUAGGUUCUGCAGAACUUGUGGAAGUAGUAUUAUGAUUGAUCUGCGUCGACCAGAGACGUUUGGGGAAACGGAUCCUAGAAAGGAUAUGGUGGGCAUCAAUGUACGAAACUUCAAAAACAUCGAUCUUGAUGCAAUGAGUUAUACUUACUUCGAUGGGAAGAAUCUCAUCUAA